AUGUUCAGAUUUGCUGAUCUUAAACCCACUAUUGAGGCUACAUUACAAAAAAUCCAACAUGAAUAUUUAGAAGGCAACCCUAGAUUAGGAUAUAAUUUAAAUGGAUCUUUAACAAAAAUUUCAUCAACAUCCUAUCCUUACAUUGGAAACCAUAAGCUUACUUUUAAUAAUGGUUAUGAGGAUGAUUUAAUGGUAGACAUUUCGCCUUUAAAACUAAACUUGAGUAGAAUAGCACAUUCUGGCGACGUUCAGUUAUCUGAUGAACAGAAUCAAAUCCUCAACUUAGCUAAGCUACCAACCCUCGAUUCAUAA